AUGAAGCAACUCUUCAUAUUUGCGCUGGGUUUGGCCUCUCCCUUGCACGUGGCUGCCGAUCCUGCGAGCUACGACGCUCAAAUCAUUCGAUCUUUGCCCCAUGAGGGCGCCCCCUUCACACAAGGGCUAGAGCUAGUGGACCACAGCAGGCUGAUUGAAACCAGCGGCGCCUACCCAGAAGGAACAGAAUCCUUUAUCCGCAUGAUCGACUUAAAGGAUGGGUCGGUGUUACAGACGACGAAAUCUGGAUUAGCAGGCCGAUUUGCGGAAGACGUCGCCCCUACGGCCACCGGGUGGUUGGUUGCCACUUACCAUGACGGCAAAGCUGUGCGCUUCAACGCAGAUCUCUCCGUGGAGAGUGAGGUGGACUAUCCUAUAGAAGAGGGCUGGGGGCUCUGCCGCGAUAGCCAGGAAGAUAGAUACUUUGCAACGAAUGGCACAGAGUUCUUAAUGGAGUUGGACUCGGAGACCCUUGCGCUGAAACGCGUGGCGCCAGUGACUUGCAUGGGCUACAAGGUCCCCGGCUUGAAUGAGCUGGAGUUUGUGGCAGAUUUCAAUGGAAAGGGUCCAACUGUCUUUGGAAACCUCUACAAGACCCGCUUUGUCCUCGGCAUUGACCCCUCGACUUUCGAGUGCACCUCCGUUUUCGAUCUGGAAGGCUUUGGCGAGCAAGAUCCCCAGGAGGAGUAUGGCUUCCAUGUGGCGAACGGCAUUGCCUAUCUGCCAGGUUCGAAGACCUUUCUGGUCACUGGUAAGAAUUGGCAAAACAUGUUUGAGAUCUCCCUCGAGGCAGCCGGGAAUACGCACAGAGAGAAGCUUCGAAAGAAGUUGCGGCACUUUGCCUCGCAGACCGCCUCAUUCUUGGCCACUGGUAUGCGUUCGCAGAUUCCAGCCCUGCCAUCAACUGAUGUUCGUGGCAAACUUCGAGUCACGCGACGAGAGCCAGAACGCGCCAUCGCACCUGAUGAAAGUCACAGCCCUGAAGCGUAA